AUGACUGGUUUGAUGUACCAUCGACCAGCAGAUCACCUAAACUAUUUGCAAGAAUGUUUGGAAAAGAUAAAGAAACAGGGGAUCUCUGGCGUACGAUGGGAUUUGUUCCUUGAAACCCAAACAGCUUCUCCACCGCCAGCAACUCCGAAAAAAGGUAAAGAAGAAACAGUAUCAAAAAUUGUUUUAGGGACUGAAAAUCUAUCAAAAUAUGAUCCAUUGCCCGGGAUUGAUUCACUUCGUGUGAAAAUUCGUCCCAACGCUUCCAUCAUCUGUGUACUCGCUGGGCCCGGUGUGAACAAGUCAAAUUAUUCACAAGGCCUAAUUAAUCAUUAUCCCACAUUUGUACAUUUGCACAUGGGUGAUCUGUUACGCAACCGAGCUAAACUUGAAACACAACGUAAAUCUUCACGUUGGGUUGAUUCGUACUUGAAAAUCAACGCUGGAGAACUCUUGCCUCACAUCGGAUUUGAUCGUCUAGCUUGUGUGUUUCUAAUUGAUGCUGCCGAGGAAUUCUGUAAGUACCAGCUGAAAGAAAGGGGACAGCAGGACGAAUUUUGGAAAGAUAACACUCCAGCGGCAAUUGAAAAUCGGAUUUGUCUAUUCAAAUUGCAAACGCUGCCAGUGUGCAAAUGUAUAGAUAAUGAUGGAAAACUCCGGGUGGUGGAUGGUGAGAUCAAACCGGAACACAUUGCACGCGAUAUGCUAACUGUGUGCGAGUUCGUGCUAUCUGGCAAAGUAACGGGCCCUACUUCAAGGCCAGCACCUGGCUCGAUUUCCGAGCGCCCACCCGAUCGUGUCAGUCAUGGUAUGACUGGCUGUCCCGGCCAACCACCAGUAUUUAACAUUCCACGCAUUGUACCACAGUUUCCAGACAAGGGAAGAGUUGCUGAUCUGUAUACUUGUCCAGUCAUUCUACUUUUUGAACAACCCAUUUUUGCGGUUCAAUUGCUUAACAUACGAAGAAUUCCUCCUUUGAAAUUCAAUUUCAAAUCGACCAUUGCUCUCAUGGAAAAAUGCUUCCUUAUCGAUUUGGGAGUAGUCCCUUUCCGCCGGUUGAAGAGUGCGUUACGCAAAGGUUAUCGUGUGGAUAGUCUCGUCAGAGUUCGCGAGCCCGACUACGGCGCCUACCCCAAAUUGUGA